CACUUGUCUACGCAGGAUAUUGAAUGUCUGUUGACCGAAAAGCAUAUGACGUUUUUUCCUUUCCAAUAAAUUUCUCUAAAGGCACCACUUUCAAAGUCGAUUGCAGUUUUCGUGUGGUGUGUUAUGGAAAUAAUGGCGAACACAGGAGACGUUCGGGGUUAUGUAAAAGCAAAAUGCAGAGGCGUUGUCUUAUUCGUUAUUGGUUAACUCAAGGCUGUCGGCGUACUAUACUCUUACUGGUUCACCAUAAUAUAAAUUCAAAAGUUUGACAGACGUAUGCAUCUACCUAACAGGCAUGCCAUCCAAAGGUGCAUCAGGCAAGUCAGUGGGUUCCGGUGGGUCAUCACGUUGCAGUAAGACAUCGAGUGUUUCUAGCUCAGUGGUCCGUACUACAACUAAUCACCACACUAGCAAGUCAUGUGUCCACAGUACUACUAUUACCAGAAGAGAAGUUCAAACUCCGACGAGUUGUCGCAGUAGCAAAACACUUACUGUCACUCAAACAGUGCACCAAAAUCCCGUACGCUCCAUAUUACCAGGUGGGCAAACGAAACACAUCACGUCUACAGACACAAAAGCUAUAACCAAAUCCAGUGAAUCAAAGUGAAUUCCAUCUCAUUUAAAGUAGAGGACGCUUCGAAAGCCUUCUUUAGGGCCACUAUUAAAUAAUGUUGACUUUGCUUUUGUACUGUGCUUAGUAAAUGUAGUGAACAAUUAAUAUAUUUACUACGCAAUUAUGCAUUUUAUGUUGUGCUUAAGUCUGCAAUAAUAAUACAAUUUUAUACUGCGAACUUGAGUUCUCUUUUGUGUCUUGUCAAAGUUCUGGACUUACUGGAGCUAGUAGCAUUUCGUCAGCUUAUUUCAAACUCACAGUAAGUCACACCGGGCUUGCAUUUCUGAAUUGGUAGUGAGUCUACUAAGGUGCAUCAGUCCGACACCUACCUUGUGUUUUACUGUUAACUGAUGUAGUAUGUUAAGGAUAACAUCCUAGUCUUGUCGUGAAUAUGACGAUGUCAGGUUGAAAUUUAAAGGUCGACCUGGAAGGCGGAUUUCGUAACACGACUAUAAGAUGCUCGCAGAUAGCAGUUAUUUGAUUACAGGUGUCUCGUGUACAUUGCGCUCAUCGAGUGGGCAUUGUGGUUGUGGGCAAAGUACUAGAUAAAUACGGUAGAUCGGCUGGUGAGGUAGUGAGUCUCCAUCGAUUGUGAAUGCUCACCCAUACCACGUGUGCCUACACUACGCUCACCUCGAUUGAUGUUGAAUGGCAUACCAGUAGGUAGGAAGAAGGCGGGAACGCGACACCGACCUACGGGGUGACUGAAUUCAACCGAACUAUGCAAGUGGGUGAACAAGUGUAUAAAAUAAACCCAGUUCAAUCUAUAUUUGGCUUAUUACCACCGUCACACAAAUAGGGUCAGCCUAGGUUCAAUAUACGGAGUUAAAUGGAAGAUUCACAUUCAUGGCACACUUAUUCGUUAUUUUGAACUGGAGUUAGAUUAACGGACCCCUAGAUUUGUACAAAAUGGUGACAUGACUUGGGGUUGUUCGUAAUGGCUCUCCUACUACUAUUGAUCUUGCAACUCUGCAAUCUGCCUUGAGAAUUUCAUGAGCAUUAAUGUAGUGUGCCAGUUUGAACAUUUGUUAGGUCCUGCGUCCCAUGUGGCUUACUAACUAACAACAUUGUCCACUCAUCUCGACCACAAGGUUAGUUAUUGGCUUUGUGUUCUCCCAAAUUCUAAUCUUCUGAAUUCUUCAUGUCCCUUUUUUUCUCUUCCUAAAAUUAUUUCACUGGAUUAUACUCCUUGAAUAUCAGCUUCAAACCCUAAUCUUCCCAAUUACUGCUUAUACUUUUACUACCUCUAUCACUACGGCAUUUGAAUCGACAAUUAUAUCUCUCUGCUAAUGUGGUAUGACAACUUGAACUGAUGUAUGUACGUACGAGGUUCUACGUUGUUGUCGACUGACUGGUAAGAACGUUUGUGGUCACCUCUGUCUCCGUGCAUUCGCUACAGAGUAAUGCUAUUAGUAUGUUCAGGCUUUGAAACCUAAAGAUGUCUAUUUUCCCAAUCAGACAUUGUAUUCACUCUCCCGUCUAUUGCUAAGUUACAUUCAACAACUGCGAAACGACCUCUGACAACUUGGAAUUUAUCGGGAAAUAACACGUCAAUAGGUAUAUUGCUUCGACAGCGAAAUUUAAGCUCCUUGAAAAAACGGUUGGAUUGUAUGUGUUCACCUUUGCGACCGGGCAUUCACCAUAUAAUCAGUUGGAUGCUGUUCAAAUAGUACACAAAGUGUGAGCCUUGGUAAGCCAAGGAAAAAACGAGUACAAUAGGUAAACAACAAUAGUUGGUACAUCUACGUGUAAGCUCAGAUAAAAGCUAGGAAAUCAGCC